CAUGUAUUUGAAGUGGCAAAACGGUGAUAACUUAGGCCUGAUGAAGAGCGGGAAAGUGGAAAGCCAAAAUGAAAGUACCCAAUUGAGCAGUUCCCAUCUCGAAAGGCCAUAAAUCACACGAACACGAAGGCGCUCUUCAAAUUGAAAUGAGACCCGCCGCACGCAGGCAGGCGAAGGACUCCUUCAUCCCGCCCACUCCGGUGGAGUACCAGCACCACCGCUUCUCCUCCCGCGACUCCGACGUGAGCAGCCGUCCCUCCUCGGUGGGCGUGGGAGGGCGGCCAACCCUAGAGCUCUACAAGGAACGGUCGUUCCAGCAAUCGGUGGUUUCCACAAUCAACGCCUUCCUCGGCUCCCACAAUUUCCCAAUCAGCUUCAAAUGCAGCUUCCCCUCAGCCAAAGACAUCCACGAAACCCUCAAAUUCCUACUCUCACUCCUCGAUUUCCCUCCCUCCUCGAAACUCGAAGACGAUCUCCCUCUCCUCUUGAAACGCCUAUCCUAUCCUUUCAAACUCAACAAAUCCAUCCUCCGUUCCCCCGCCGCCCCUCACCAAUGGCCUUCCUUCCUCGCCCUACUCCACUGGCUCGUCCAGAUCGCCAAAUUCCACCUCCACCUCGCUGCCUCCCCCAAACACCACAACGCGCUCUACCUCUACACCGUCAACAGCUACAUGCACUACAUCCGCGGCGACGACGACGCCGUCGAGGAACUCGACCGCAGCAUCCGUGACAAGCUCCACCACGAGAAGGCCGCCGCCGAGGAGCGCCUCGACGCCGCGCGCCGCGCCGCCGCCGAGCUCCAGGCCGAGCUCGACGGCCUCCGCUCCGCGCCCUCGCCGAAGGAGGCCAUGGAGGGGGACAGGGCGGUGCUCGAGGACGACGUCAAGAAGUUCCACAAGAUGAUCGAGGAGUUCGCGGCGCGGAUCGAGCAGGCCGAGAGGGCUCUGGCGGAGAAGGAACAGCAGAUGGCGGCGAAGGCCGCCGAGACGGAGCGGAUCCGCGAGGAGAACGAGGAGCUAGGGCGGCGCGUGGAGGCGCAGACGUUCAAUGCGCGCGACGUGGAGAGGAUGAGGAGGGAGUUGCAGGCGGUAGAGAGCGACAUUGCGGAAGCUGAACUUGCUAGGAGUGCGUGGGAGGAAAAGGUGUGGGGUCUUGACUCUGCUCUCUCGCACAAAAUCAAUGACCUCGAGGCUCUCGCUAUGGACUGCAACCAAGCUCUUAAGAGGUUGAAGAUUGGGAAUGAUAUUCAGUAUCAGUUGAAUGCUGAGGGGACUACUCCUACUGAGAUAAUGGGAAUCGAUCACAAACUCAAGCUGAAGCCUGCGCUUAGAUCAUUUGCUGAUGAAAUCAAGAAAAGUUCUAUGGAAAAAUUGGAGGAGUCGAUUUCUUACCAGCAGAAGUCCAGUGAAAAUGCUGCGCGGCUUGAGGGGAAAAGAAAUCAGCUUGAGGCAGUGCAGUCGCGGAUUGAUGAAAUGGAAGUUCAACUGAACAUGAUUAAGAAGGAAACACAAGAAUACACUAUUAGGUGUUCUGCUGAAGCUAAGAAAAUGUUGGAGGAGGUCCAGUUUGCAGAUCAUGACCUGGACAUUAUGGAAAGAGAGGCAGCUGAGGUUCUCAAGACAUCUGAAUUGAAGUUGCAGGAAGCGAUUAAACAAAGUGAAGAAGAAAUUCAAACGCGUGCUAGCGAACUGUUUCAGUUAGUUGAUUCAGUGUCAAAAUACAAAGAACAUGUGGGGUCCAAAAUUUCAAAGAUGAGGCGGGAUCUAUCAGAAACUGCAUCUGCUGUCUCAGAUGCAUAUAAGGGUUCUCUCCCAACUCAAAUUGAUGUUCAUAGUCCACGUUUAUAAUGUAUUUGUCAACUCCAGCAACGUGUCAUUUUGGGUUGCCAUAUCUUCCUUCCCGUGGUAUUUACGUUUUUGCUGUACAAAUGACGGUCAUUUUGAAUAGAUGUUAUUACCAAUUUACAAAA